AUGCCUUCUUCCACCUCUGUUGAUUCUAAACAUAAUUCGAAUUCUGUUUCUAAUACAGGCAAUAACCAUUCUAACUCAGGUCAUACCUCAUCCUCAUCUGGAAAGAAGAGCUCAACUGCAGGCAGAUCACAACGCGUUCCAAACCUCAAUAACAGCACCAACAACAAUCAGAACAGUGUAAAAGAAGGAGCAGGUGGAAGUCAUCACCAAAAGGGCUCAACGAACAAUAACAAUAACAACCUCAAUAACAACAGCAACAGCAACAAACAUUCAAAUCAUUCCAACCAUUCAUUAUCGUCAAAAGGACAAGCACAACUAGGACAUUACGAUACAAAAUCUGAUAGUGACGAUUCUUAUACACCAGGAGGAGGGUUUAUCUCUGAAAUGGACGAACAUGAUUCUGUAUUUGAAGGAGGUAUAGAGUAUGAUGGAGAAGAUGGUCCUAGUUUUCUUGGUGACGAUUUCGAUGCUUCAUCUGAUGUGGCACCGGAUACACGAGAGGAUCGUAAAGAGAAACGGGCACGGGAUUUUCAGGAGCGAUUAUUGAAGCUUGAGCUUGAAUUCGAGGAGAAUAAGCAAACGAUCUAUGAUUAUCAAAUGGCUCGCUACAAGGAAGAAAUGGCUGCUAUCUUAAAUGGUGUCCACCCUGAUUUCCAUGAUCAAAUGGAGGAUUUAGCAGAGGCCCGAGAUAUUACCAUUGUUAAUGCACGCUUAUAUCGUGAUUAUCAGUUUGAAUGUGCUCAACAGGCAUAUGAACUGGAAACGGAGCUUGCAGAAGAGGAUUAUAUGGCUGAGCGUGAAGGACUUCGAGAAAAAAUGUUGGCAGUUAUUGACAGCAAACGAAGAGCAUUGCGAGAUGAUAAAGAAAACCUGGAUAUUACAAAUGAUUUUGCACUGGAACCAACAUCGCGAGCUAAUCAUACGCGACGGCUGAGGAAGCGUGGACAUGAACAAGAGGUUGGAUCUAAAAAUGCAAAGCGAAAAACAAAUGCACCUCCAAAUGCAAAAUGGGCUGCCACAGAUACUGAUAUUCUUGAUGACCUCAGUCAAAUUCGCAAGGUUGUUUCUUCUUCAACAACAAAGAAAUCUGCCUCUGUCAAGAAGAAGUAA